AUGAAACUACUACUAUUUACCUUGCUGGGCAUGCUCGCAUUGUCUUACGCUGCAGAGGAUUAUAUAAUUGAAGAAGAGUUUUCCAAUAUCUCGUGUGGAAGUAGCAUCAAAUUAAAGCAUGGAUCUUCUGGCUAUCGGUUGCAUUCGCACAGUAUUGCUUAUGGAAGUGGAUCUGGUCAGAACUCUGUCACGGGCUUCCCAAAUGGUGACGAUCCAAACUCGUACUUUGUCGUUUACGAAGCUUUUGGUGACAAGCAAUGCAGGAGAGGAGUGCCCAUAGAGUGUGGUGGAACUGUUCGACUAAAGCAUCUAGAGACCAAAAGGUUCCUUCAUUCACACCUUCAUACGAGCCCACUCUCGAAUCAGCAAGAGGUCAGUUGCUAUUCUGAUACGCUCUCAGACACUGGAGACAACUGGAAGGUAGUGUGUCUCGGAUCUGAAAAGAUGUGGAAGCGUGAAAAGGAAGUCAGGCUACAACACGUCGUGACAAGCAAGUACUUGUCUUGCUCUAAAAGUCAUCAGUUUAGACAUCCAAUACCUGGACAACUCGAAAUUGUGUUUGACUCUGAAUUUGCUAUAGCUGGCGCGUCAACGGCCUCUGCUGAUACGAAAUGGACUGUUGAAGAAGGUAUCUUCUUUGGUAUUCCUGAGUAG